CGGCCGCGGGCUGAGGGAAGGGAGCGGGGCUGAGGGGCCGGUAGCCCCGAGCGAGCCGUACCUCGGGAGCGGGGCGGCGGCGGGGUUUGCUGGCCGGGGUGCGGAGAGGGAGGCUUCCCGCAGAGCGCGGGGCUGCGGGCCGGGCCGUCCCGCCUCUGUAGCAGCGGUUGGUUAGGCCGCGCGGCUGUGCCUCAAGGCCUGAGGGUAACGAGCGCCUUUUUUUGGGAUUUCUGCUGUGGAAGCAGCGCCUUCGCGCUGAGCUGGGCCGAGUCAUUCCUGGCUCUGACAGUGAACGAAGUGAAACAAUAUGUUAAUAUCACAGGUGACUUCCCAGUUACUGAAGGCUUCACGCAUUGCAGGCCGCCUUUUGCCCAGAUCAGUGUCUUCCUUUCUUUGCUGUCACUCUACGUCUGCACGCUAUAGCUCUCAGCCGUCUAACAAGAGUGGAGCCCAGCCUCACCAGUGGUAUGCCCUGGACCCUGAACUGGAAGAGAUGCUGGUCCCCAGAAAACUUUCCAUCAGCCCCUUAGAAAGCUGGCUGACGGUUAGGUACUCCCUUCCUAAAGCAGAAGUCCUUAAUCCUCAGGAAGAAGUGGGCUAUGAACCUCUCCAGCAAUAUGACUGUCCCCCGACCGAUGAGGGAGCUGCUGUGCAGGAAGGAGAGGGAGCACUUAGCAACACGCUUCAGUGCAAGAACGUUUUGAAGAUUCGCAGAAGGAAAAUGAAUCGGCACAAAUUCAAAAAGCUGCUGAAGAGAAGAAAGUUUAUACGGAGGAGGAUAAAGGAAGGUCGCAAGAAGAAGCGUCAGAUGAAAUUUGAGAAAGAUUUGGAGCGCAUCUGGAAAAGAGCUGGUUUGAAAAAUCCUCCUGCAGGAUGGCAAACACCCAAGAUAUUUCUGAAAAGUUCAAAGCGAUAAAAACACUUGUAAUGAGUUUUAAACCUGUAAUUGUAAUUAAAAAAAAUAUUUAAGUAUG